GAAGUAAUACAUUUAAAUUACAUUUUUAUUGAAGGGUAAAUAAAAAUUGUUUUUUUCGUUGCAGAUAUCGUCAUGACGAAUACAACCGAAAAUAUUGUCGCCGAAUUAUAUCGAGAUUACAAGAUGGCGGAUAAAAUGUCAGUUCCCGCGCAAUGUCAUUCGAAUAUGGAACACAAGGAUGUUUUAGUUUUUUCGACGAAUUUGGCAAUGGCUGCCGCUCGUUCGGGAAUCAUAUUGUUUUUUGAAAAUAUCGGAUAUUUAUUGUUGAUUGCAACAUUGAUAUUGCUUUUAUACAUUCUGUACAAAAGUUAUUUGAGUCCACCGAUUUAUGUGAAGGAACUGACUGAUAUUGGUUUCGAACAUAUACCAGGAAAGAGAGACAGGGCUAUGAAUAUUAACCGAGUGCAAAGCGCUAAACAAUUAGGAAAUAAGCUUCCACCGCCGUACCCUAACGGUUGGUUCGCGAUUGUCGAAAGCAGAGACCUUAAAAUUGGCAAGAUGGUGUCCGUUGACGCGUUAGGUUUGAACUUAGCCGUAUACCGUGGCGAGGAUGGUGUGGCUCGCUGUGUGGAGGCAUAUUGCCCACACUUGGGGGCGAAUCUGGCUAUUGGCGGCACAGUCAGCGGAAGCUGUAUCACAUGCCCCUUCCAUCAGUGGAGGUUCAACGCUGAGGGGCACUGUGUUAGCAUACCUGAAGUUGAAACUGUACCAAAAGGCAUCACUAUCAAGACAUACCACACUAUGGAGGUAGACGGCGCGGUGUGGGUGUGGCACGACGCCGAAGGUCGUGACCCUCUGUGGACGGUGCCGGAAGCCCCGGAGAUGAAGAACAUGUCCUUCAGAGGAAGGAAUGAGUUCAUGAUCAACGCUCAUAUACAGGAGAUACCAGAGAAUGGCGCGGAUGUGGCUCAUCUAAACGCACUGCAUUCGACCUCCAUGCUCACAGAUAUCGGGAAUAGAUUCCCAUUCUUACAUAACAUCAUUGGUCAGCACGUGUGGUCAGCAGAGUGGUGUCGCGGAGAGCAGCCGCAUGAGGCACAGAUGAUGAUUAAUCAGAAAUACAUCGUCUUCAAAUGCGACGUGUUUCCUAUGAAAGUAACUGUUACGCAGAUAGGUCCGAGCCACGUGCGGCUGCACUUCGCGUGUCCGCUGGGCGCGCUGCUCAUCGCGCAGUCGGUGACGCCGCUCGGCGCGCUGCUGCAGCGCGUCACCACGCGCGUCUUCUCGCCGCCGCACAACGCGCUCUUCGGCGCUUUCAUGGUCGUUGCUGAAGCCAUGCAGUUUAAACGCGACGUGGCGAUAUGGAACAGCAAGCGGUAUGUGAGCGCGCCCGCGUAUGUCCGCUCAGACAAAACAAUACGCGCUUUCCGCUCCUGGUUCAUGCAGUUCUAUAGCGAGAGUAGCGUCUCUUUGAAACAAGCGAUGCAAAACCCACUUGACUGGUAGCACCGAUAGAUGGCGUUAAAACUAAUGGUGUAAAAACUGUAAGUGCUAGCACUAAGCGAUAGAUGGCGCUGAAACUAAAUCUGAAAAUAAAAAUUUACCUUUGAGUAAACAAUCUCACAACUGUUCUGCAAUUGUCAUUCAUCCAAUUAAACUGUUUAGUUGUACAACUAAAUCGAGUAGUGUACCUCCAUAUAAGCGAGACAGUUGUGCGAUAGUUUAGUCAGAAGUGUAUGCGCUUUUCCUCUACAGUACAGCACUAGUUUAUAUGUACUUCAAAAGAUGUCGUGUUAAUUUUUUUUUUAUUUUAUUAUCUGCAAUCAGUCUUUAAAACUUUUAGCAAAUGUGAGGAACGAUGAAGAGUCGUGCUAACUAAUCGAGAAAUAGUUGGUAAUAUAUAGAUGGCGCUAUUACUAAUCGAACUGUAAAAUAAACAAAAUAUUGGAUAAAUAGUAAU